GCAUAGCCUAUGUGGAGCGGUCCGGAAACGGCUAUCUCCAAUCUAGGUAUAUCACCACCAGCACUGGUAACGGCCUGCGGUCUGGCGGGUUCACUCUGGCCCAUAACUUCUCGACAUGGCUGCUCCUAUUAUCCGCAGGGCGUGCAUGUACGUCCCCAGUUCCUCGCAAAAAAUGCUCGACAAAUCCCUCGCCAUGCACGCCGACAACAUAACCUUCGACCUCGAAGACAGCGUCGCCCCGCACCUAAAAUCCUCCGCGCGCCAGAACCUACGCGCCAUCCUAUCCCGCCCGCGCCCCGCCGGCAUCAAGGAGCUCUGCGUGCGCAUCAACAGCGUGGACACUGGUCUCGCGCUGGCCGACUUAACCGAGGUCCUUCAAGGCGCACACCUCGACGCCAUCAUGCUGCCCAAGUGCGAGAGCGCAGCGGACCUACACUUCGUCACGGACGUGAUACGACACCUGAGCCCCGCGCGGCAUCCCGGCAGUGGUGGCAGCACAGGGAAGGAAGUCAAGAUCAUAGCGCUGAUUGAAAGUGCGCGCGCGGUGCAGAAUCUAAGCCAGAUAUGCGCCGCGAGCCCGUAUCUAAGCGGGCUAGUCUUUGCCGCGGAGGACUUCGCGAAGGAUAUGAGCCUGACGCGGACACCCUCGCUGAUGGAGUUUCUGUAUGCCCGCUCGGCGAUAGCGACGGCGGCGCGGGCGGCCAAGUUGCCGUCGACGAUUGAUCUCGUGUGUACGAGGUAUAAGGGGGAGGAGGGGUUGAGGACGCUGGAGGAGGAGUGCUUGGGCGGGAAGGGCUUGGGGUUCAAUGGUAAGCAGUGCAUUCAUCCCAGUCAGGUUGCUGUUUGUCACCGGGCGUUCAGCCCCGGGGAGGGGGAGGUCGAAUGGGCGGCGCGCGUGGUGAUUGCGGAUGAGAAAGCUAGUCGAGCGGGGCGCGGGGCGUGGACGCUCGAGGGCAAGAUGAUCGAUGUGCCUGUUGUUAAGAAGGCACACGCUGUGCUCAAGCACGCGGAGGUCUGCGACAUAGACGUCACGGCCGUAAAAGAGAAAUGGAAGGCCCAAGAGCCUGAGUGAUACCUAUCAACCCAUCCUGUAUAGUGUAGUCUAAUACCCCCUCCCCCUCUCCACCUCAUUAACAAGCUUCCCCCCCGCCCUCUCCCGCCGCAUAUUCUCCCGCAACAGCUCAAACGCCCGGUCCACAUACGCAUCCGUAUUCCCGCUCACAUGCGGCGUGAUGGUGCAGUUCGGCGCCGUCCACAGCGGGUCCUCCUUCGGCAGCGGCUCCGGGUCCGUCACAUCGAGGGCGGCGCCACCUAUCAGGC